CUACGAUUACGUCGACAUCGUGCAGUGGACCACCGGCGAUGCCCAACGACGUGCAUCACUGAGGCCCACCUACCAGGAGCUUGAGGCAAAGCUGCAAGGCGAACGCCUUCCGUUCCCUAUGAUGUUUAGCUCGGUGGUGGAUGACACGCAGAAGACGCCCACAUGA